CUCUCGACUCUCCUCUCUCCUUGAAAAAACACUGCACCUAUUUGACCACCGUCAAGCUUGCAAAUCUUGCGCUAGAAUCAACACUCGAUUCUACCGGUCCCGCUGCUCCGUCGUCCCUCGCACACGCGAUCUUCUUAUUCGUUUAUGCGCCCGCUAAGAGGAACGUCAAAAUCCAACAUCACCGACUGCACCAUCGCUCCAUACUAGAUUCCGCCUCGUCCCUCGUCCUCUUUCCGCUCCUCCUCCCUCGAGACAGCAAUUAGAGCAAAAACAAAUAUUUCAUAAAUUUCCGCUACCAAGCGUUGAAAUGGAGAGCCUGCAGCUAUCACAGGUCCUCGCUGACUUGAGCAAUCUCGGCGCAGCUGAACCUGCGGCCGCCGCUGCCAUUGUCAAUGCCAACAUUCCCAUUAUCCAGACCCAGCUUAUCAAAGACGACAGCCAUGCGCCUUCCCAGCAACAGCAGAGGCCCUCAUCUGGCUUGAGGCGGGCAUGGUCGUCGGAAGCUGGCUCGCAGCCCAAAUUCGACAAGAUGGGUCGGCGCAUUCUCAUCAGUUCACCAAAGUCUGGUUCAGCCGCCAACUCUAUACCCGGCACGCCUCAACCUUCUAAUUACGAUGAGGACCUUGAGCGAGCUAAUAUGCUCAUGGCCCUCUACGAUAUUCGCUCCAAGCUCAAGCAACAGGACAAUAGCAGCCUCAUGCGAGCGCGCGAAAAGAUCAAUGCCCUAGCUGCACGCCAGCAAGCCCAACAAUUUGCCGAACUCAACAUGAAAAAGGCCGACGAAAUGCGACGAAACCGCUAUUCUUUCCCCAAGGUUUAAGAUGCCAACGCUGUCGACGACUCUGUACCUUUUCCUUUCUUCUUGUUUUGUGCACAAAACAAAUAGAUCGGGCUACGGCCAAAAUUGGUCCUUCAAAGUGAUCCUGCAGGCCAUUGUUUGAAUCCUUUUCUUCUCUCUUUUCUUUUUUUCCUGCUUUUCCUUUUGGUCCCUCUAUGGAGCAAGGAGGAAAUAAGGAUAAUGAAAGCAAAUAACGAUACACCAUUCUUUUUUGUCAAAAUGACCUACGGCUUAAAAAAAUUAUACGGUAUAUUCAAUGACGGAUGGACGACUCGGGCUCAAACGAUGGGAGCCAGUGUCUGUUUGGUACGGGAAUGAUGGAUUUUGCUUCUUAUACCCUCCUUUUUGGUAUCUUUGGAUGAUAUUGUUGGGCCUUUGAUUGCACGGCAAAGGGAUAGUUUUACCUUGUAGCCACUCUCCUUUUACGCAAGCGGGAUCGAGCAUGGAGUCACGGGAGAAAAGGGCGUAUUGUUUGCCUUCAAUGUCGGUACACGGUCAAUUUGUUUGGACUCUGACUGGGGCAUAUCUGUUUUUCCUAUAUUUCUUGCUAUUCUUUUUUGGGCGGAGUUUCUUGCCUCCUUGCGAAAACGAUGCAACGAAUUUUGUUGUUUUGUUGUUUGUUCUACCUAAUUGUAGAAUGGAUACUGUUGGAGCUCUUGUACGAUAUACGAUAAAUAAUUCAACAGCAUGCCAUCUCGAACAUUUCACCGUCUAUUCGUCGAGUGUUUUUGCCAAUCAAUUGAAAAACGGU